AAGGCCAGAAGAUCAAGGACGAGAAUUUCCGAGUAAACAUCAAACUCGAUUCCAGCUCUUGGUAAGGAGACCGGAGUAAACACAAGUCGACGAGGCCUGAGAUACAUUGCGAAUGUAAUAUUGACCUGCUCUAGAACCGCGCAUUUCGCUUCUUGCAGGAACUGCGCGGAACGUCGAUCUGCAAUCAGAGAUUAGAUAUAUCUGGAAAGUAGUGGAGCACAAUUGCGCGGAUUCGCCAGUUUCUUUUGGGUUGAGGAGAUGUCUGUGACUUUGCACACAAAUUUAGGCGAUAUAAAAUGCGAGAUUUUUUGCGACGAGGUUCCGAAAGCAUCCGAGAAUUUCCUUGCUUUAUGCGCCAGUGGAUAUUAUGAUAGUACGAUUUUUCAUAGAAACAUCAAGGGAUUUAUGAUUCAAGGAGGAGAUCCCACGGGUACUGGUCGGGGAGGCACGAGUAUCUGGGGGCGCAAAUUUAAUGAUGAGAUACGAGAAUCUUUGAAGCAUAAUGCAAGAGGAAUCUUGUCAGUUGCGAAUAGCGGACCAAACACCAAUGGUAGUCAGUUCUUCAUCACUUAUGCUAAACAGCCCCAUUUGAACGGCCUGUACACUAUUUUUGGGCGGGUCAUUCACGGUUUUGAAGUUCUGGACGUUAUGGAGAAGACUCCCAUUGGUCCAGGAGACAAGCCGCUGGCCGAAAUCAGACUUAAUAGAGUGACCAUGCAUGCAAAUCCUCUUGCAGGCUAAGCUCUCAUUGGAGGAGACCUGAAUCUUUGCCACUCAAGGUCACCUGCGAGAAGAGAUGAAGCCGGUUCAUCAGUACUGACCUUCCACGCUCAUAGUAAAGGACGAGUAGAAUCUGCCUUUGAUUGUAAUGUUUAGUCUGUACAGGAGUAGUGGCCACCUUAGAUUGCUAUUUGUGUAAGUCCUCAUUCAUUUCACGGACUUCCACUCAAUUUUGUUACAGUUAUCACACUCAGGACUCUCUGGACAAUUUGCCUUCAAACUGCAUACUUUGUCCUCGCUAUUCGGAGAGUAUACUGCGAUUUAGUCACUGUAAAGUAAAGCUUUGAUAUCAGAAUAAUUUUCUGAAACACAAAAGAUUUCAUAUCCGUAAAGCUUCAUACUUUCUUCAGCUCCUCCGAAUAUUACAGAAGCAUCAUAGCAUGUGGAGUAAAACCGCUCAUCUUUGCCAUUUGCAGACGCAGAUCUUUGCGAUUGUUUACUUCAACUGGAGCCACAGACCAGCUAUUGAUGUUCGAAAGAUGGUCUAUUGUCCUCAACAAGGACAUCAGAGGUUGUUUGAUGUCCUUGUUGGGGACACUAGAUCAUUCUUGAGCCUUUCUGGGAACGUCUGUUGUCGGUAUCAAGAUCGCGUAGAGAUACAUCGAUAGUAUAUCCUAUAUUUUGAUCCACAUCAUCAAGUUUUUACAGUUGGUAUUCUUAAAUGGAGCACUAUAAUGGGAUUAGUUUAUGGAUUUUGGAAUGGAGGAGACAGGUGUUUCUGAUUUCAGCCACAGCUGAAAUUUCUAUUUCCUAGCUCGUCGUGGAAGUAAUUCCUUUGUAAGUAUACGACUAAUUGAGACGUGUCAUCACUUUUACGGAGGUUUGCUGCACGGAUUUCAAUCUCAGUGUUUUCCGAAAGUUUUGCACCUUUAUUUGGAAGUCUAUGUACUCAUGAUGUCACAUUCUGCAUUCUACUCAUGGUCAUUACAGUUUAUUCG